GAAAUGGAUGGCCACGUUACUUCACACGGGUCUGUUCCUGCAGCUGGCGCUCUGGGAGACGACAGAGGCCAUCCACCCAGACUGUGCCCUGGUGGUUCAGCACAUGAAGGCUCAAGAAAAAUGUAACCAGAUCCACAAACAGGAGGAGAACAACCACUCUACCGGGACAGGGUGUCUGACAGAGUGGGAUGAUAUCCGUUGCUGGUAUCGUGCAGAUGUGGGACAGGUGGUCAGCGUCUCGUGUGCCAAUGCGUCCCAGCUGUUUGCUGAUAACCAAGGUUACGUCUACAGAAACUGCACUGAGCAUGGAUGGUCCGAGCCCUACCCCUCCUAUGACGAGGCCUGCGAGUUCACAGAUUACGAAGCGACAGAUCCAGAGACAACAUACUUCUCCAACUUCAAACAGGUGUACACGGCGGGCUACGCUACCUCUCUCAUCUCUCUUAUAUCAGCGAUUUUUGUCUUCACCGUGUUCAGGAAGUUUCACUGCACCAGGAACUACAUCCACAUCAACCUGUUCUUCUCCUUCAUCCUGAGAGCAAGCGCUGUCUUCAUUAAAGAUGGCGUUCUUUUUUCGGAUGUAAACCUGGACCACUGCUUCAUGUCUACUACAUCCUGUAAAUCCGCCGUGGCCUUCUUCCAGUUCAGUAUCCUGGCCAACUACUUCUGGCUGCUGGUGGAGGGCAUGUACCUGCAGACGCUGCUUGCUCUCACCUUUGUCUUCCAGAAGAAAUACUUCUGGUGGUACAUACUCAUCGGCUGGGGUGUCCCAACAACAAUCAUAACGGCGUGGAUCCUCACUCGAAACUUCUACGAUAACAAGGGGUGCUGGGAUGACACAGAUGUGGCCUUCAUCUGGUGGAUCAUAAAAGCUCCAAUAACUGCAUCACUACUGGUGAACUUCAUCAUCUUCAUCAACGUGAUCCGCAUUCUGGUCCAGAAGCUGACAUCUCCUGGUGUCGGUGGCAACGACACCAGUCACUUCAAGAGGCUGGCCAAAUCCACUCUGCUUCUCAUCCCUCUGUUUGGGAUGCACUACAUGGUGUUUGCUUUCCUGCCAGAAAACACAGGAGCAGAGGCCCGACUCUUCAUAGAGCUCGGUCUGGGAUCCUUUCAGGGAUUUGUUGUGGCCCUGCUUUACUGUUUCCUGAAUGGCGAGGUGCAGGCAGAACUGAAGAAGAGGUUUUGGAAGUGGCAGACUCAGAGUUACCUGAGGUACAGUAAACGACGGCGUACCUUGUUCACUGAAAGCAGCACGGUCACUCAGAUCUCUGUCUUGGACAAAUCCAGCCCCAAAGAUAAGCCGCCCUCAGAGACACGCGCCCUCACAGCCAGCAACAUCUCCACUGUCUGAGGAGCAUUCCCUAAUGUUCAUGUCCUGUGUUACACCCGCUCGGUAUUUGGACAAGGUCCUGAGCAGGUGACUUAACAUGCCUGAUUGUUGAGUGUUUAAAGUUCCUCUUAACUUGGUUGCAGAGUCCCACACGGGCUGCCAAACUUAGGUCUUUAACUCCUUUAACCUUCACAUCAUACUCACAACCACCGAAUCAGUUCUCCUCUUUUACAAAAGUGCUGAUAUCAAUUACACCGUGAAUGUGGCUUGAAAACAUUGUCCUUUACGUUUUUAUUUAGAUCUAUGAAAGGGAAAAUCAACCAUAUUUUACUAAAAGUAACUAUGAUUAGUUUCUGCUGUCACAGCUCCUCUGAGUCCUUUUAGUUCAAGACUCAGCUGUUCUGCUUCGUGUUAAAAUGUGUUUAUGUUUUUGCUCAUAUUAUUAUAUUUUCACAUGCUAAGCCAUUCAUAGGGCUAAACUAAAAUAGAUUGUCCUCUGUUGCGGUCUCAAGUAGCCAGAGGACGGACAGCGGUCAGGAAGGGUUAGGAGCAGGACAGGACAUACUGUAAGGAGGAAGGCUGGAUGGCUCAAACAAACAGGACUUUCACUCAUUGGCGUUUGUUUCCCAUGUGAAACCAAAAGUCAGCUGCCAUUUUGAAAUUAACCGUGUUUAACAGCCGUUAUAAGUGACGCAAUGACGUCCGUGACGUCACGUUACGUCCUCAUUUUAGUAGUUUUACAUAAUUUAAAAGCCCUAAACCCUUAACCUUAACCCUAGUUUAUAUCAAGGAUGUUUCAUUUGUGGGAUUGUUCAAGUGCCGCUGGAAAUUCCGCCGAAUGUCCAUCUCCUUUCUUUAUUUUAGCAUUCUAAACUCCGGUGGAUUUCUGAGGACUAUGGUUAACUGCUCCUCAGAUCUCUGCAGGGUAA